AGCGGAACGGAGCCGAGCCGAGCGGAGCCAUGACUCACCAGACCGGCAUCCACGCCACCACGGAAUUAAGGGACUUUUUUGCCAAAGCCCGAAACGGUUCAGUUCGGCUCAUCAAGGUCGUCAUCGAGGACGAACAGCUCAUGCUGGGAGCCCACAAAGAGCUGUCCCGGCGCUGGGACGCCGACUAUGAUGCCUUCGUGCUGCCCUUGCUGGACGAGCAGCAGCCGUGCUACGUGCUGUACCGCCUGGACAGCCAGAACGCCCAGGGCUAUGAGUGGCUCUUCAUCUCCUGGUCCCCCGACAGCUCCCCGGUCCGGCUGAAGAUGCUGUACGCCGCCACCAGAGCGACGGUGAAGAAGGAGUUUGGCGGGGGGCACAUAAAGGACGAGAUGUUUGGAACGGUGAAGGAGGACGUGUCCCUGAGCGGUUACCAAAAGCACGUGUCCUCCUGCUCUGCCCCGGCCCCGCUGACUGCAGCCGAGCAGGAGCUCCAGCAGAUCCGCAUCAACGAGGUGAAGACGGAGAUCAGCGUGGAGAGCAAGCACCAGACCCUACAGGGCCUGGCCUUCCCCCUGCAGUUGGAUGCUCAGCAAGCCAUCCAGGCACUCAAGCAGAAGAAAAUCAACUACAUCCAGCUGAAGCUGGAUCUGGAGCGGGAGACCAUCGACCUGGUGCACACGAGCCCCACGGAGAUCGCCGACCUGCCCAAGAGGGUCCCCCAGGACUCGGCUCGCUACCAUUUCUUCCUGUACAAGCACUCACACGAGGGAGACUACCUGGAGUCUGUCGUCUUUAUCUACUCCAUGCCUGGGUACAAAUGCAGCAUCAAGGAGCGCAUGCUCUACUCCAGCUGCAAGAGCCGGUUGCUGGACACCGUGGAGCAGGAAUUUUGCCUGGAGAUAGCCAAGAAGAUCGAGAUCGACGAUGGAGCCGAGCUGACGGCGGAGUUCCUCUACGAGGAGGUGCACCCCAAGCAGCAUGCCUUCAAGCAGGCCUUCGCCAAGCCCAAGGGGCCUGUGGGGAAACGGGGACAGAAGCGGCUGAUCAAGGGGCCGGGCGAGAACGGCGAGGACAGUUAGAUCCCACAGGACCGGGCGGUGAACGGACAGCAUCCCCGCGGCGCUUCCCGGCUUCUUCUCCGCUGACCUGGGGAUCUUUCCUUCCAUCUCAGCCUUUUUUUUUCCCCCCCUUCUUUUUUCCUCUUUCAUUCCUUUUUUAAACAUCAGGAUGGCUUGUUGCACCUGGGGGCAGAGCGACGGGGAGGGUUCAGGGUUGUCGGUGUUUCUUUUCCCCGCGUCCUUGUGCAAGCCCCGGGGCCGCUGGCGGAGGAUGGGAGCAGCAGGGCCGUGUCCCCCAGCCUUGCUCCUGUCCCCCCGGGGUCACAGCCGCUGCUCUCGGUGUCCCCUGGGUGACUGAAGGACACGCUCGCCUGCAAGCUGCUCUAUGCAAAGGGAAGGGGAUGGCAUUGGGGAUUCCUGUUUGAAAAGAGAAAAUGCUUCUUUCCCUGCUCCCCCAGCCCCCAGAUUUUGCUCCCCUGUCCCACUCUUGGUGUGCACGGCCCCUCUGCCCCAGGCCUGGAGCGAUCCUGCACCCCCUCAGGGUGCGGGCAGGACCCCUCCCCAUGGGGUGGGCUUUGCUGGCAGGAGUUUGUCCCUGAGGGGAGCCAGCCAGCGGGAGGUGAGAGGUCCCCCCUGAGUCCUGAGCUCAGCCUGGCCCUGGAGAAAGGUCAUUCUGCCUUUGGGUGAUGUUUGCAUCCCCUUUUUGACCCCCCCCAAUAAGGCUUUUCCCCUCGGAGGGAGCUUUUACAGCCCUGACUCAGCCCCAUCCCUGUCUAGGAUGGGAGCUGGGGGGACCCUGAGCCCUGGUCCCUGCCCUCUGCAUGCCCCAGCCCCCACAGUCACCCACCAGGUUUGCUGUCGGCUCUCUGGUCUGGGGCAGGCUCAUGUCUUAAAAAUCACAUGGGCUACCCCAAAUCCUCGUGCGGGGAAGCAUGACAGCCCCUACGUGCUCCCCCCGGCGACAUCCCCAGCCACCAAGGGCCGUCAUCAGCUCCAAGGGCUGAGCUUGGCACUGUGAGUUAGGCUUCACUGGGGGUUUGGGGGGAGAGUGCCUUGCUGCUGGGUACCAGCGAGGGCUCGAGAGCCACCCGCCUCCCUGGGAAGAUGGAAACGGGGUCAGUGAAACCUGCCCUCUGCUUUCCUGCUGUGGCGGUGAACGUGCCGACGUUGCCUUGACCUCGGCGAAGCAGGCGGUGGGAGGGUUGAAGCUGGGGGGAGCAGAGCACACUGUACUGAA